AUGAGUAAUAAUGUUGCAAAUAUUGCAACUAGCAGCACUAACAAGAUUGGGGAACUAAUAGUAUUACAACUAAUUUAUACAUUCCUCCGAGAAGGAUCUAACAGUAAUAGAGUGUCAUUAGUUAAAAUCACAAAUGAAAUUCAAAAUAAUGAGUUGAUCAAACGAAUAUUGAAUCAAAAAGAGAAAAAAUUAGAUAUUAUUGAUGUAUUAAAAAUGAUUAAAGUAAUUUUCCCCGGUGAUAAAGAGAAAACUGAAAUAAAAGAUGGAUUAAUAACGUUUUACAAUUUAAAUGAUAAAGACAUUGUAAAUAAAAUUAAUAAUAAAUAUAAAGAAUAUAAAGAAGAGAUGAUUAAAGAAAUUGAAGAUUAUGAUAAUAAAAUCAUAAAAUUAAGAGGAACUUCUAAAGUUGAGGAUAAAAGAGAAAAAUUGUUACGUUUAUAUAGGGAUACUGUUGUUAAUAAAUUACAAGGUAAAAAUAAAAUCUUAGAUGAGAUGUAUGCUGUUAAUCAAGAGAAUAAAGAGAUUCAAGAGAAAAUUAAUCGGAUCAAAGGAAGUACGCCCAAAAGUGUUCAUGAAUUACAAUUAAAUAUUCAAAUAUGCAUCACUGAAUGUAUCAUGAAAAAUCCAAUAGGUAGUCGAGGAUGGGAGAUUGGUAGCCAGGUUCAAAAAGAAUUUGAUGAAACCGUAGAGUUUAUGAGAAGAGCAUUAGAAUAA